AUGGCAGAGGGAAUUCUGCAAUUCAACGUGGCUUCAAUGGUGGAGGACAUUCUUCAACAGCACGGGAAAAGACUCAACGACAUUGAUUUGGCCUCGCGAAAAGCUCAAGAAGCUUCAUUAAGAAGAUAUGAUGCUGCCAGCUGGCUAAGAAAAACGGCCGGCGUGGUGGCCGCUAAAGAUCUGCCCGCCGAGCCCUCGGAAGAUGACUUCAGGCUCGGCUUAAGAAGUGGGAUUAUACUCUGCAAUGUGCUCAACAAAGUGGAGCCUGGCGCCGUGACAAAAGUGGUCGAGACUCCUCCCGACACGGUGAUGAUCCCGGAUGGCGCUGCUCUUACCGCAUAUCAAUACUUUGAGAAUGUUCGGAAUUUUCUUGUUGCUAUAGAGGAAAUCGGGAUUCCCAUUUUCGAAGCUUCCGAUUUGGAGCAAGGAGGGAAGUCUUCUAGAGUAGUGAACACCGUUUUGGCACUCAAAUCGUAUAGCGAGUGGAAGCAAUGUGGCGGGCUCGGGCAGUGGAAAUUUGGCGGGAACUCAAGGCCACCGUCCGUGGGGAAACCGGUCGGGAGGAAAAACUCGGACCUUUUUUUGAAUUUCAUCUCGAGGAUUUCGGAAAAGCCCGUCGAUGGUGGGCCUGACGAGGACGAGCUUAGUGAAACGGGCGUGUCUAACUCGUUGCACGAGCUCGUUCGCGAGCUUCUUUUGGACAAGAGCAGAGAAGAAAUUCCUUUAAUUGUAGAGAGUAUGUUGAGCAGAGUUAUGGAAGAAAUCGCGCACAAGGUUUCGAUUCAAAACGAGAUUCAAAUGGUUCCACGGGUUAUUAAGGAUGUCCCGAGUUCCAAUGGAAUCGAAGAAAUGGAGGAUGCAAAGAUAACUCGAAACGAGGAGUGCUCGAAAAACAUUAUGCAGGACAAUGAGAGUUCCCAUCCGGAGACUGAUUUUCAAGACAAUGAAGCAUCGGACAACCAUUCUGUGAGGUAUUCGGAAUUCGUUGAGCACCAAGAGAGAAGUGUGCAGGAGUUGAAGAAUUUGCUUCAUACCACGAAACAAGACAUGAAGCUUCUUCAAAUGAAGUAUCAAGACGAAGUUGAUAAUCUCAGUAAGCACCUGAGUACUCUGGCUAUUGCUGCUAACGGUUACAAAAAGGUCCUCGAGGAGAAUCGCAAAUUAUACAAUCAAGUGCAAGAUCUCAAAGGGAAUAUAAGAGUUUAUUGCCGAGUUCGUCCUUUUCUGCCGGGACAGGCAAAUGGUUCUUGUGCUUUUGAAGACAUUACUGAUAACUCUCUCGCGAUUGUAACCGGAAAAACGAAAAAGUCCUUCACUUUCAACAAGUGUUUCGGUCCAUGUUCGAGUCAAGAAGAAGUAUUUGCCGACACACAGCCGCUGAUUAGAUCCGUUCUUGAUGGCUACAACGUCUGCAUAUUUGCUUACGGUCAAACCGGUUCGGGAAAAACCUUCACCAUGACUGGACCAAAGGAACUUACGAAAGAGACGUUGGGAGUGAACUACCGAGCAUUGAGCGAUUUGUUCCAGAUAUCCGAACAGAGGAGAGACAUCAUUGCUUACGACAUAUCGGUUCAAAUGACGGAAAUAUACAACGAGCAGCUCACAUUUUUUUCCACAUUUAUCUUCUUUUUGUUCGUUUUCCUUAAACUCAUUAACACAUUGGAGAUUCGUAACAAUUGCUCCAACGGCAUUAACGUGCCGAACGCGAAUCUUGUGCCCGUCGCAUCAACUUCCGAUGUCAUCAACUUGAUGAACCUCGGCCACAAGAACCGUGCCGUGGGGUCUACACUCAUGAACGAUAGAAGUAGUCGUUCACAUAGUUGUCUAACGGUUCAUGUACAAGGCCGAGACCUAACAUCUGGAGCAAUCUUGCGCGGGUGCAUGCAUUUGGUCGACCUUGCGGGAAGUGAAAGGCUCGACAAAACCGAGGCGAUUGGGGACAGGUUGAAGGAGGCUCAACAUAUCAACCGAUCCCUUUCGGCUUUAGGGGACGUCAUAUCAUCUCUUGCCUUAAAGCAAUCGCACGUCCCGUAUAGAAACAGCAAGCUCACGCAAUUGCUUCAAGAUUCGCUCGGAGGCAAAGCCAAGACACUAAUGUUUGUUCACAUUAGUCCCGAGCCGGAUGCACUUGGGGAGACGAUUAGUACACUUAAAUUCGCCGAACGUGUCUCCACAGUCGAGCUUGGAGCCGCCAAGGCAAAUCGAGAAGGUGUUGAUGUCAAGGAACUAAAAGAACAGGUAGCGAGUCUUAAAGCGGCCUUAGCAAGGAAAGAAGGAGAUUCGGGGCCCGAUAGGCAGGGGAUCAAGUCCUCUGGCUCCUCUCCAUCUCAUUUCUCUUGGGAUAGUGUAGAUAAUGAUGCCUGCAAAACAGAGGAGCAAACUAACUCUUCGUCGACUUCAAGAAGGCAGAGCCUCGACCUAUUGGCCAACUCGGCCGAUUGGCCACCGCUUAUCGGGAGCCUUGAGGAGAAAGUGGAGUCGCCCGACGAGUUCUAUCAAAAGAGCAGCAGGAUGGCCCGGCCCGAAAAAUCUCCGGAGAAGGGCCCAGUUAGUAGGAGGCACAGCUUGGACAAUGGGCUUGGCCGAGUGGCCCAUGAAUAUGAGUCGGCGCAAAUGGACGACACCAGCGACUCGUCGGAGGCCGAUUACAGUAUACGUAAGUGCAACAGCAUGCCGAAUGUGGUGGGCCCGAAGGCCAGGAAGGCCGGCCCGAAACCGACCAAGGGCAGCCAGGAACUGAGGAGCCAAAUCCCACAACCAAUUAGGAGGGUGUCGAACGGUGUUCAAGCUACGUCGCAAAAAGGCGGGAGGCAACCGGUUUAUGCUGUCGGGAAGCGAAAACCGACUAACGGGAAUAGCCAUCAAUGCUUUUGCGGGAUUGGAAAUGACGGUUCGAGCGAUGCUAAAACAGAGAGUACUAAAAUGAGCAAGAUAGAGGUAUCCGAAAUGAAGCAAAAACAGCAGCCUGUUGCACUUGGGACUCUGAUUGGUCGAGAAUUGAGGGGUGAGAAGUUGGAUAAGCCGACUUUGAAAUAUGGGCAAGCUGCGCUUGCUAAGAAAGGAGAGGACUAUUUCUUGAUCAAGCCCGAUUGCCAAAGGGUUCCGGGCGAUCCGUCUAUGUCCUUUUCAGUUUUUGCGAUCUUUGAUGGGCAUAACGGGAUAUCGGCUGCCAUAUUUGCUAAGGAGAAUUUGCUGAACAAUGUCUUGAGUGCUGUUCCCCAAGGACUUGAUCGUGAAGAAUGGCUUCAAGCCCUUCCCAGGGCUUUAGUAGCUGGGUUUGUGAAAACCGACAUCGAGUUUCAGCAGCGAGGUUGCGAGACUUCUGGAACAACUGUUACGUUUGUCGUGAUUGAUGGCUGGACUGUGACCGUUGCUUCUGUUGGAGAUUCUCGUUGCAUAUUGGACACUGUUGGUGGAGUUGUAUCUCUCCUUACAGUUGACCACCGGCUGGAGGAAAACGUUGAGGAGCGGGAGCGUGUGACGGCCAGCGGAGGUGAGGUUGGAAGGCUUAAUGUUUUCGGGGGCAGUGAGGUUGGUCCAUUACGUUGCUGGCCUGGUGGAUUGUGUCUCUCAAGGUCCAUUGGUGAUACGGAUGUCGGCGAGUUUAUCGUCCCAAUUCCUCAUGUCAAGCAAGUCAAGCUCUCAAAUGCCGGGGGGAGGCUUAUUAUAGCUUCUGACGGUAUAUGGGACGCCUUGUCAUCAGAUAGUGCUGCUCAGGCUUGUCGGGGUUUACCUGCAGAUCUUGCUGCAAAGUUGGUCGUUAAGGAGGCGCUUAGAUCACGGGGUUUGAAAGAUGAUACAACUUGCUUGGUUGUUGAUAUUAUUCCAUCAGCGCAUCCUGUUUUUCCCCCAACGCCUAAAAAGAAGCAAAAUAUACUGAGUUCACUUAUUUUUGGGAGGCGAGAUCAUAACUCUGCAAAAGGAACUAAUAAUAGGUUGUCCACUGUUGGAGUUGUUGAGGAAUUGUUUGAAGAGGGUUCUGCAAUGCUUGCUGAGAGGCUGGGUAAGGAUUUCCCUUUGGACUCAAAUUCUGGGCUCUUUAGAUGUGCUAUUUGCCAAGUGGAUCAGCCACCUAACGAGGGUUUGUCCGUGAACUCGGGCCCAUUUUUUUCUCCUUCAUCCAAGCCAUGGGAGGGUCCUUUCCUCUGCGCAAGUUGUCGGAGAAAGAAAGACGCCAUGGAAGGGAAAAAAUCAACCAGAUCGACUGUUACUGCAUGA